UGCACAACAGCUGGUAAAACAACCAAAACAAGAACCCAGAAAGACGCAUUUUAUUUAUUUUAAGUGGAAAGUGAUUAAAACAAACUGAGCACAAUGGCUCGUGGUGCAGAGAAAUCGGAAUUUAGUUUCCCUGCCUGCUGGGAAGACAGCAAAGUUAUGCAAAUUCGGUUCGCAACGUUUCGCCCGCGUCAUUUAAGCAUUGAGGAUUAUGACACAAAAAUGAAAUUCUGGAAAGAUCUUGUAACGCAAUACCUCAAGUUUUGGGGCCGCGUCACGUUCAGUUUGCGGGAUCUGCAAUUGAAUUUCAUGAGAGGAGACCAACUGCCUGCUUGUCUGGACACAGUGAUAUCUGAGAUGCACCAGCAGAAACAGAUCCGACCCCGCGCCGAGUACGAUAAUGAUCCAGCAAAUACCUGGACUGGCUGGCUGAUGAACAGCCUGGUGAAGCGUCCUUUAUCCUGGAGCUGGCUAAAGAUAAAGCACAGCGUUGUGAGCGAGGAUGUGGAGGCGUCGACACUAGUGGAAUGGAUACAUCUGGGGGUGUUAAAUGACAUUUGCGAACUGAUGAUUAAGAAGCUACUGCCCGAGAACCGAGGAAAACGGUUCCAUUUCGAUGCGUUCAAGUCGCUGUGUGAUGUUCAUCACAUUCGCAUCCAUACGGAGAAGGAUAUCUUUGCUUGCCUGAUCUCCCUGCAUGUCCGUCAACUGGUUGGGUUGGAGUUCAAAACGGAAAAGCAAACGCGCAGCAUUCACUUGAUCAAAAUACCAUUCAAGGAAACGGACGAUCUCGUCAUCAAUGAGACCGAUCAUGCCGUGCACAAUCUACAGAUCACACAGGCAGAUCUACUGAAGCAGCUGGAGAACUUGGAGGACGAAAUCAAGGCGAACGACGAGAAGGCGCGUCAGUAUAUAAAGGAGAAUAAGCGGCAAAUGGCCAAGACGUACCUCCGCAAGCGGCAUCUGGUGGAAAAGAAUCAUGAGCGUCGCAGCAUUGCCCUGCACAACAUUGAGUCUCUUCUGUCCAGCGUGGAUGAGGCGCAAAACAGUGGCGUGGUCCUCGAUGCAUAUAAAAUUGGCUCCAGUACGCUGCAAAAAGUUCUCUCCGACUCUGGCCUCAAGUACGACAGUGUCGAUGAAGUGCUGGCCGAUGUGCGAGAGACUCUGGAACAGCACAGAGAAGUUCAAGAUGUUCUGUCCAAUAGCACCGUAGAUCCCACUGCCAGCCAGGAAGAUGAUCAGCUUGAAAAUGAACUGCGUGAACUGUGUGGGGAAACUGCCACAGUUCCCCAGAAAUCGAACGCAGCUGCGAGCAACAACAACGAAAGAUUUGAGGUUGUAAUUAGCGAUCAAGAGAUGAUCGAAAUGUUGGCAAACCUUGAGGUUGAAGACGGUAGCGUCUCGGUGUCGAGCACCAGAACCUUGAAGCAAGUGCAGAAGUCUUAAAAGUGCAUAGAAGUUUAAGUUAAUGUUUUAUUGUAUAUUUAUAGUCGGUUUUUAUUAUAAUUUGUAUUUAGGUUGUGCCACAAAUUGCCUUCAGUUUCGAUUGGUGUAUUAAAAAAGAAUUCAGCAUGCAA